GCGCGGGCGCGGUGUAUGCUGGGCGCAGCCCUUUCCCGCGGUGACUUUGCAGUUAAGCGAAGGCGUCUGCGGCUCGCGGUCUCAGCUUGUGGCGGGGACCCCCGGCCAGGAUGGUCGGGGUGAAGGUAAUCGCGAACGACACCGAGUUCCAGCCUGAGCUCAGCGCCGCCGGCUCCCGGCUCGCCGUGGUCAAGUUCACCAUGCGGGGAUGUGGUCCUUGUUUGAGAAUAGCCCCAGCUUUCAGUGCUUUGAGUAAUAAAUAUCCCCAGGCAACUUUUUUGGAAGUGGAUGUACAUCAGUGCCAGGGAACAGCUGCAACCAAUAAUAUAUCAGCAACACCAACAUUUCUGUUUUUCCGAAACAAAGUGCGAAUCGACCAGUAUCAAGGAGCUGAUGCUGUAGGAUUAGAAGAAAAAAUUAAACAGCAUCUAGAGAAUGAUCCUGGAAGUAAUGAGGACACAGAUAUUCCAAAAGGAUAUAUGGAUUUAAUGCCAUUUAUUAAUAAAGCUGGCUGUGAAUGUCUUAAUGAAAGCGAUGAACAUGGAUUCGAUAACUGUUUACGUAAAGACUCUACCUACCUGGAAUCUGACUGUGACGAGCAGCUCCUUAUUACUGUAGCUUUUAAUCAACCUGUCAAGCUUUAUUCCAUGAAACUUCAAGGGCCAGAUAAUGGUCAGGGUCCCAAGUAUAUAAAAAUCUUUAUCAACCUUCCCCGAUCUAUGGACUUUGAAGAGGCAGAAAGAAGUGAACCAACUCAAGCCUUGGAACUAAUGCCGGAUGAUAUAAAAGAAGAUGGUAUUGUCCAGCUUCGCUAUGUAAAAUUUCAGAAUGUUAACAGCGUAACUUUAUUUGUCCAAUCCAAUCAUGGUGAUGAAGAGACGACAAGAAUUACAUAUUUUACAUUUAUUGGAACUCCAGUCCAAGCAACAAACAUGAAUGACUUCAAGCGAGUGGUAGGCAAGAAAGGAGAGAGCCACUAAGAUGCAAGGAACACUGGAUCGCCUUAUUAAAAUCAAAUGGGAUCUUCACUUUAUCUGCAGUUCCUGGAUAAUUGCUUGACUGUAGCCAGAGACUGUCAAUCUGUUUCAUUUAAUGCCGUUACCAAUAAAUCAUUGCUUUUGUUGAGAUGGAGUUUCACUAGAGUAUUUCUGUUGUAAUCUUGGUACAUGUAUUUGUAAAUAAAAUUCAUUACUUUUGCCAAGUUUUAAUUUUGUCAUUGUAAUAACUAAGGCUUUUUUUACAGUUUCAUUUAAAUUUCAAAACUAGACUGGCUUAUCUUUAAAAACAGAAGACUUAAUGUAGCCUGCAUUUGUUUAAUUAGUUUAAAAUGUCAAAUUUAAAUAAAUCAUCUUUGGUUUUCUGAAAGUACGUUUAAAAUAAAAUCCAGAGCUACUUUCUUAUAAGCCUGUGCUAAUUUAUGAUCAGCAUUGAUACAGUAUGGAUAUUUCUCAAAGGGAAUAAUUUUUUUAGUCUCCCUUUUCCCGUCCAAAAAUAGAGAGUGAGGAAGCAUAUUUCAAAUUACUGUUGCAUCAACGUAACUUGUUUGUUUGUUACAAGUUGCACAUCAGUUGAAACAAACAGUAGGAUAUGACAGUUCACUACAGAUUAGACACCAUGAAAAUUCGUGGUAAUCUUUCAAAAUACCAUCUCCAGUUGGAAAAUUGUGAACUUGGUAGCCAGAUACACACACUCACAGGAUAUGCAGUUCAGGAGAGGGCCAGGUACUACUGAUGCCUGUAGGUUUAUAAGAUCCCUUUGUUACUGCUGAACUUAAUUGGGCAUUAUAUUCUUUCUCUCAAUCUUGAUAUAGAAAUGCUCAUUGCAGAUACCAUUCUUACAUCUUAAUCUGAAUUCCGUAAAGGAUGGGUGUCUGUGCUCAACUGCUUAAAAUCUUUUUUGCUAAAAUUCCUUGGAAAUGUGCCCUAAGUAAUUUUAAUAAAUAAAUUCCUAUAAAGUUUUACUAAGUGGUUUUUAAUUGGCAUAAUUAGUUCCUUUGUAAAGUUAAAUUUGUUGCAUUUCUAAUUACAAUAAAUCCCAAUAAGAAUUAAAUCCUCUCCUACUUGGCAUUCUUUUCUUUAACACAGUAGGGAUUCUUCCGUACUGGCUUGGCAGAUUUACACAUUUAUACCAAGGUAACUUUCUCUGCAUAGAAAUUUCCUUUGAAAAAUUUUGAGAUUGUGCAGAAAACUAUACUUUCUAUGAGGCACUUCUUUAAAACUGUAUUGCUACAUACCCCUCUUUACUCAUUCCUUGGUAUUGCACAUAUUUAAUGGCAUUAAUGCCUUGAUUUCUUUUGUAAUUCCUAAAUAUUUUGCUUAAAUGGGAUAUGAGGUAUCUGAGACACUGUAUAUAGAAUUUAAAAUCACUUUUAAAUAUAAUCAAGGGCAAUAUGAAUAACUGUUUCUGUUUAUAAUUUUGUACACUAACUACCUUUUGGGUUAUUGUUAAAGUGCCUCAUCUUAUCUAUUACUUACCUCAUACUAUUGAUACCUGAGAGAAUUUGAUAACCUGGUGAUUCUCAUCUUUGUAAAAGGUCAGAUUUGUAUAGUUUGCCUCUUCUGUGACUUCAUUGGUUGCAUGGUGCAUACUUUCCAUAUCUAUACAAUGUAAAUAGAUCUAAAAUGUUUAGCAGUAACUGUAACAUGUUCAGUUGAUGGAAAGAGUUAUUAAAAUCAGGCAUAUCAAAU